AUGCCCAUCGUCUUGUUACUAACUCAGAAUGACAGGCUCAAAGAUCCCUCGAAGAAAUACAAGCCUUUCAAGCCUCUCAAUCUCCCUAACCGCCAAUGGCCUGAUAAGGUGAUCGAUAAGCCGCCCCGCUGGCUGGCCACUGAUCUGAGAGAUGGCAACCAGAGCCUGCCUGAUCCGAUGGACGGUGAACAGAAGUUCCGUUUUUUCAAGAAGCUCGUCGAAAUCGGUUACAAGGAGAUCGAAGUCUCGUUUCCCUCGGCCUCGCAAACGGACUUUGACUUCACACGCCGCCUGGUCGAGACGCCCGGUGUGACUCCCGACGAUGUCUGGCUCCAGGUUCUGUCUCCCUGCCGAGAAGAACUGAUCCGUCGCACCGUCGAUUCCCUGAAAGGCGCCAAGAAGGCCAUUCUGCACAUCUACCUGGCCACCAGCCCGUGCUUCCGCCGGAUUGUCUUCGGAACCACCCGAGAACAGAGCCUGGAGAUUGCAGUAAAAUGUGCCAAGUAUGCCCGCUCGAUCACCAAGGACGACCCCGAGAUGGCCGGCACGGAAUGGCAGUUCGAGUUCUCCCCCGAGACCUUCUCCGACACCGAGCCCGAGUUCGCUGUCCAGAUCUGUGAGGCUGUCAAGGCUGCUUGGGGCCCGACCGAGGAGAACCCGAUCAUCUUCAACCUCCCCGCGACAGUGGAGAUGGCGACACCGAACGUGUUCGCGGACCAGGUUGAAUACUUCUGCCGCAACAUGACCGAAAGAGAAAAAUUCUGUGUCUCCGUCCACCCCCACAACGACCGUGGCUGUGCCGUUGCAGCCGCCGAGCUGGCCCAGAUGGCUGGCGCUCAGCGUGUCGAAGGUACCCUCUUCGGCAACGGCGAGCGAACUGGUAACGUCGAUCUGGUUACCCUGGCCCUCAACCUUUACACACAGGGUGUCAGCCCUAAAGUCGACUUCUCGGACAUCAAUUCGAUCAUCAAGGUGGUUGAAGAGAGCAACAAGAUCCCUGUGAACGAGAGAUGGCCUUACGGUGGCCAACUGGUCGUUUGCGCAUUCAGCGGCAGCCACCAGGAUGCCAUCAAGAAGGGAUUCAAGCUGCGUGAGAACGCCAACUCCACCGAUGACGACGAAUGGGUCGUCCCAUAUCUUCCCCUGGACCCCCAGGACAUCGGACGGAACUACGAGGCCGUUAUCCGCGUCAACUCUCAGAGUGGCAAGGGCGGUGCUGCCUGGAUCAUCCUGCGCAGUCUGGAGCUGGAUCUCCCGCGCGCACUGCAGGUCGAGUUCAGCAAGAUCGUCCAGAAGCAGACCGAGGAGGUCAACCGCGAGCUGCGCCCCAAGGAAAUCGUCGACCUCUUCGAGACCGCCUACCACCUCAAGUCGAACCCUCGCUUCAACCUGAUCGACUACAACAUCACCACAGACCGCUCGCAAUCUCCCGCGCCCCCGGAGCCUGGCAAGGCCUUCAACACCAAGAAUCUCAAGCGUCGCUUCACCGGUAUUGUCGAGAUCGAUGGCGCUCAGCACGGCAUCACCGGCGUUGGUCCCGGUGCCAUUUCCUCUCUGGCCAACGCGCUGUCGACUCUGGGCAUCGACCUCGACGUCGUCGACUACAAGGAGCACUCGAUCGGUCUCGGUCGAGACGUCAAGGCCGCGACAUAUAUCCAGUGCACUGCGGCAGGCAGCAAGGAGCAAGUCUGGGGUGUCGGUGUUCACCAGGACGUGGUCCAGGCCAGUUUGAUCGCUCUGCUGAGCGCUGCCAGCUCGUUCCUCACAAGCCGCGCCGGCUCGCCCGCCCCCUUCCGCCCCAACCGCUCCAACACCCUCACCGACGAAGACCUGCACGCCCUCGAGCAACUCGGCGGCUCCAACUCGGCGGUCCUGAACAUCCCCACCGGCAGCGCCAAACCCAAGGUUGAUCUGGACGCUCUGGCCGCCCAGGCAGAGAGCCAGUGA